GUUACUUAGGAAGCUUGAACCGUUGGAAGAGAGGAGUCGUUAGACGCGCGCCGGUAACUACCUUGAUUUGUACUCAUGAAUGAAAGAAAGCAAUUUUGCAGAAGUUCAUUUUUGCGGAAGAAAUCGUGAAUAAUAUCAAACGCAACCUGUUUACAUGGUGAUAAGAUGUUGAGGUCAGCUGUUCCUUCCCUCCAAAUAGCUGCAACUGUACCAGAGGCCCUCACUGUACUUCAGCAAAGAAUUCGAGUUGCUGAGGAACAGGCUGAUGGUUUUCUUCGAACUCUGGGGACACAGGGGCUGUGCAAAGUUGAAAAUGUGGUCUCUGUGGAACCUUUGCGUCCUGUCAGUCCCAUUCAGAUCAGGAAUGCUUCCAGUGGAGAGUCUGAUGUAUUGUGGAAGAACUAUGAGACUCUAGUGAGCAGAAUGUGCCGCCUGGAAAGUAUCAUCCAGACACUGAAGCUAAAUCUUUUCCGCCUGGAGACUGAAAAGGAGUUAAACCCAACACAUUCAGCCCAGCUUGCCCAGCAACUUAGCAGCCUACAGGCUGAGCACUUGGAGGAGCUGCGGGCAGCUCAGCGUGAAGUGAUGAGAGUCCGCCAGCAGCUCAACCAGCUUGCCCAAGAGAAGGAAGCUGCUGAGGAUGAAGCAAAGAGACUUGCAGCUGCCCUUGAGAUUGCCACAGCCAGCAAGAUGGAUGCAGCCAUGGCCGCUGAGGAUCUGAAGCUCAUGAAAAGUGAGAUGAGCCGCAGAUUGCAGGAGGCCAAGGGGGAGCUUGCUCAACAAUUCGGCCAAAGGGUACUCCUGGAGCAAUCCCAUGAGGGCCUUCUACAGAGGCUGCAGGAUAUGGAGACAGCUAUUUCAGUGGAGAGAGAACAGGUACAAGAGCUACAACAAAAGUGCCAGGCUUUGGAAAAUGACACCCAGUCUGUCAAGCAGAAGCUGCUGAAGGAGCAGCAGUGUGCAGAUGAGCUGGAACUGAAAUGCAGGGACCUGAAGAUGGCUGCUGAUGCUGAAAAAUCCAGGCUAACGGAAAUGGCAGAGGAAAGGAAGAACUGCCAGAUGGCUUUACAUAAGCAGAAGGAGGAGAAUGGCCAGCUCUUGAGUGAGAUCAGUUGUCUGAGGGACACGGCAGAGAAAGUGCAGGCUUUAAAUGACCAACUGAACACUCAGUGUAUGGAGCUCAGUGCAGCGGUUCGCUCUCUUGCAGUGGAGAAUGCAAAACUCCUGGCAGAACAUCAAAUUGCUCUCAAGGAGGAGCAGCAGCGUGUAUCUCAGAGACUGCAGGAGCAGGAUCUAUUGCUUGAUGCAGCCCGGGCAAGCAUCCAGGCAGAGCUACAAGGAGCUUUGUCUGAUAAGAUGGAACUGCAAAAGGCUCUGGAUGUCCUAAGUAAAGAACAUGCUCACCUCCUACAGACAUCUGAAGAGUCUGAACGUAAGAUGGCACAGGAUCUCAAACUAUUAGAGUCUACUGUAAAGAGGCUGCAAGCAAAAUUACUGGAGGCCACUCAUGGUUGGCAAAAUGCUAAUGUGGACUUAGUUGAAGCAAAAAACACGGUGAACAAGUUAAUGGAGAACAAGGCUGAAAUGGAGGCCGAGCUGACUAAGUGCAGGCUGGAGUUGGAUUCUGUUAAAUCUUCCCUUGAAAUGCAGGAAAAGGAGAAUGGAAGGUUACAAGAUCGUAUGGCUUCUUUGGAGCAACAGCAGCUUGCAAAGCAUCAGGUGGAGCAAGCACUUGAGGAGCUGACCAUAACAAAGAAUAAACUGGCUUAUGACAAGGGGACACUUCAGGCUAAAGUUUCACAGCUACAGGAAGAGGUCCAGUCUUUGGCAGAUGUUCAAGCAGACAGAGUUCACCUCCAAAAGAAAAAUGCUGCUUUGGAAGCCAAAUACAAGCAGGUGGCUACUGAACUUAGCAGCAUCCGCAUCCAUAUGCAAAGACUAGAAGCACAGCAGAAACAGGCCCAGGUGUCAAUGGAACGGAAGGAGGAAGAUUUUGCCCUUGCAAUCCGCUCUAGGGAUGAAGCUCUGCGGGAGGUCCGAAAGCUGAAGUGCCAAGUAGAGGCAAUGGAGGAGAAUGAGAGGGAGAAGGUGGCAUUGUUGCAAAAGCAGUUGGGAGAAUCCAAGCUUGACAGUGGAAAGGUCACAUCCACAUUAGAGAAUGUGCUGGCCUCUCACAGCAAGGUGCAGCAGACUGUGGAGAAGUUGCAGAUAGAGAUGGGCUGCAAGGAUACAGAGUUGGUGGGACUACGCAAAGACAGGUUACAGUUACAACAGAAGUUACAGACCCUGCAGGAGGAGCUGACAAGCUUACAAAGCAAGCUGAGUGCUGAAGAAAAACGUAUCAGCAGUCAGAUGGAAUCGAUGCGCUUAGCACUGGAGGCUAUGCGUGGUGACAACAGGCAGCUGGCAGAGAGUCUGGAACAGGCACUAUUGGCCAAUGGCAACAUGCAGAGCAGGCUGAAGCGAGCCCAAGAAGAGCUGGAUGGCAAAGAUGUCCAAUACCAGCAACUCAUUCAACAGAGACAGCAGGAAAGUGAAGAUUCUCGAAAGGAGGCAGAAGUAUAUGCAGAGCGCCUUGAGGUGCUCAGGAAACAGUUUGGUGCAGAAAGGGAAGCGGCACGCAAGGCCAUGCAGCGAGAGGUCGCCGAGCUAAAGAAGGUGUUGUAUGACACCACUGCAAAAUCAGCAGAACUGUCCAGAGCUAAUAAGGAGCUGAAAGAAAAGACAUCUGAUUUAGAGAAAGUGAUAAACAACCAGAAGGUUAGACUGAAGAGUCAGAAUGUUCAAAUUAAAAGUUUCAUAGAAAAGGCUGAGAAGGCAAACACCAAUCAAGACUCUGAAAGAUUAAAGGCCAUUGAAGCUGAUUUGAAGCUUAUGGAAUCACUCAAAGAGAAAUACCAGAAGAAGAACUACGAACAGGGACAGAUGAUUCAGAAGGUGUUGUCUGAGAUGGCCUGUCUUCAACAGGAGAUGCAGUCACUGCUCAAGGAUCAGCAGGAUGCAGAGAGGGAGCGUAGGAUGCAGGAGGACCUCCAAAGACAGUGUCAGAGUCUACAGGAGGAGGUCAGGCAGUUAAUGAGGGCAAAGCAAGCAGCAGAACAGAAGCUUCAAGAGGCAGGCUUGGAGUCCCAGCAGAUUUCUGCUAACCUGGAAGAAGCUCAGCAGUGGUUCAGGACAAAGUUUGACAAAUUGCAGACAGAGCUAGCUGUGGCCCACCAAAGCAAAAAGACUACAGGGAAGACAUUUUUAUAGCUGAAGCUGCCAUUAUCAGUGUUUCAGUGAAGAAAACCUGAAUGGAGAAGUGUAAAGACAAGAUUGGAAUGGCUCUGGCCUCUUGCGUACCACUGUUUGAAAUAAUAUGUCUAGGAUGGGACUGACCAGCAGACUUCCUGUGAUAACCAAUCAAAGACUCCGGCCUGGUACCAAGGCAGGAUGAUAAUAGUACUUGAGGAAAUAAGUGGGAUGCACGAGAUGAAUAUGAAGCCUUGUUUUAUUGGUGCUGUAAUGGGG